AACGAAUGAAACAACCAUCACAGCUACGAACGCAAUCAUCUUCACACAGAACAAGUCGUCGAAAAAUACCUUGAUAUCUUAUACGAAACUCCUCGGUCUUACAAUCGAAUUCCUAAUACCUACGUGCCGAAUAAAUACCCAGCAACUCUACCUCGCCCCUCAACAUGCCUUUGAAAGAUCGCAUUCGUCGCGCAAUGGGGUCCGUGAGUUCGUCGUCUGGCUCUUCCGAGUCCAACUCCGGCUCUCGAGUACCAACAGCGACAAAUACGCCAGGCGCAAGCGGUGCAGCAACCCCAACUCCCUCGAAUUGCAAUUCGAAUGCCACCACCCCGACCAUAACCCUUACGAAGACGAACAACUCGACUCGCCUUAGUCUGACUAAGACCUUGACCUGGUCAAGAGAUAAAAGGAGCAAAGAGGAGAAGAUGGCAGACAAACAGCGAAAGCGUUUGGAAUACUGGGCAGAGAAGGAUCGCGAUGAAUGGUCGACCCCUGAAGACGGCCACAAGAGAAGCGGAAACAAGAAGAGAAGUAAACAACAUCAAGAUAUGCUCAGGCAAUUCGAAUUCGACUUCAAUGCAAGGAGGAGAAGCAUGUCGAGUUGGAUUUCAGGAAUCAGUCCCGGGCAGACGAGAGUAGGAAGCGUGGACAGCACCGAGGGCCAACAACUAUCACCGUUACCGUUGAGAAAGCGCAGCUCUGGUGCCGGGAUGGGAGCGAGUACGCUGAGUAGACAGGUUACGAGAGAAGAGCAAGAACCUGGCCAUGCCAUUCCCAGUGUCGCAGAAGAGUAAAGUACAUAGCAACAGAGCGGCCUUUGAUUUCGGUUGGCGGAUUGUAUGAUCGUUUCUGGGACUUGAAAAUUGGAGGCUCGGCGUUAUAUUUGCGUCUUGGAUAGUCGGUCUUUUGGGGUGUAUAUUACAAACACGUACGGGUACGGAAAAGGUUGGAAGUCGGGCGCUUGAUACUUUGGGGAGUUCGGGCGGUUCUUGCACAUAUGUCAAAGUCCUUGAAUUUUUAGUUCGUUUCCUACCAUAUAAGUUUUCGGAACCUUGACGAAGAGUAGAGAAUUUUCCAUGUUCGAAUUCUGUUGUCAACUC